UCGGAAGCUUUCAUAAUGUGCCUGUCCUAUCGACGAGAUAACGCGCUGAUAACAAUAUUCCCUAAUCUCGCUACCAACCACUCAAACCGCCAUACUGUCAUCAUGAUCAGGGCUAUAGUUGUCGCCCUUAGUGUGCUGGGGGCCGCGGGCUUUUUGGCGGACCCUUACGACGGUCUGUUUGGGAAGGUUCUGUAUAAUGUGGAGAGACAGAUUGCCUUUUUCAGUUCGGACUACAGCGAUAUCAACGUGGACGGAUUAUUCGGUCUGCGUAUGGCUCAAGGUCAGAUUGUGGAGGCGGUAGAACAGUGUUAUAAGACACCGGCCUGUGCUCGUCAGUAUCUGUCAAAACUCAAGUCCAUAGAGUCCCAAAUAGGCGAGACCUCAGAUAAGGCCCUCCCCUACGUCAAACAGUCUGACCCCGCCUAUUACCAGCGAUUCCUGCAGACCAUCAGCAAGGCGUGGAUACUCCCAUAUCAACCAAUGGAAUUUGACGAAACAGAUCUGACAGCUGUCACUCUCGGGACAAACUCCACCUAUAACGAGGAUUACGGAGAUGCUUGUUACGCCAGGGUCAUGGGAACGUUUGACAAAAAUCUCCCUCGUUGUACUAUGACCCCUGAAUGCUGGAAGUUCAUGACCUCAGAAAACACAUCGAAGUACGCCAUCACGCACCAGUUACUCUAUUUCAUCGUCAUUGAGCACGUAGGAUGUCUAAAGCAGGUAGAAAAGGAUUUACACGGACACAAAAUCAGAGAUGUGCAGACGCGCAUGUGCAAAAAAAUCUACAAAGAGGCUCAGACUUUGGUUAAGAACGGAAACGUGAAAUCAAUCAACCAAGACCUCUUCCUGGAGCAAACUGUUUUGUGUGGACCUUUGGGAUAUGAAAGUUUUAUGCGAGAGGAUUGGAUGAAAAUAGUUCUGCGCUGGUUAGAUGCCCGUGUCGGCUGCUUCAGGAUGACCUUGGACGAUCUUGAGCAAUUGACCGACCAAAUGGUGAAUGAUGUCUACAAGAAUCUCAAUGUUUCCCACGCGACUUACGAGAAAGCCAAAUUACAGGCGGAAGAGGAAUCCAAAGAGUCAUUCGAAAAAGAGGAGGCGAAGGAACUUAAGGAGGAGGGGUUGGCGUCCGGUCCCACGAUGAGGAAACUAAUGAGAGAGAAGGGAAUGAAAGAUGACUGUCUGGCUCACACUUCCGGUCUAGGAUUCGGGGUUUACGCCACAUAUCUCAAUUACCUCAUUCUACAUAUGUAACAUUUUAUUUCGUUUAGAAAUAAAAAAAAAUCCUCUAUUUUG